CGCCCAGCGGGAGCCGGGCUGUGGGGCCGCGGGGUCGGCGCCCCGGCCGUGUUUGGCGGGGCCGCGGUGGGGCGGGGAGUCCCGGGUAGUCCCGCCUGGUUCUGGCCGGGGGUGCCCCACCCGCGGCCGUGGGCCUCGGCGAGACCUCCCUGUGGGUAGAGCGCAGGUCCCCGAGGCGCGGGAAGUGACCGGGCGGAGCGGUGGUGAAGGCAGAGGGAAGCGGCAGCGUUGGGCGGGGAUCGUGCAGCAUGUCCCUCGUCCGCUCCGGGAGCACCGCACUGUCACAGGCACCCGCUGCUGCACGGUCGCUGUGCUGCCACACGGGUCAUCCCAGUUGCCCCAUCACAAAACAGCAGAAGCAGGGUAGGAGCUUGACUAGUGGUUUUAUUUAUUUAGGUAGGUACAUACUUUGGGGUGCUUCACUUCGUGUGAAUUGUUAUUUAGAAUCGUAGAAUGCCCUGAGUUGGAAGGGACCCUCCAGGAUCAUCAAGUCCAACUCCUGUCCUGGCAUGUGACAACCCCACAGUUGACACCAUGUGUCUGAGGGCGUUGUCCCAUCUCUUUUUUUAUUAUCAGUGCAGGCUGAUGAACAGACAGUGGGAGACAGCUAUGUGGCCUAAUAGCUGCGAUCAGUGUAGUAAGGAGGCAGCUGACCAGCAACGAAGUGCCAGGCAGAAUAUGACUGUGUGGCGAGGUAGCACAACGGUGUGAUGAGAAAAAUGAGGAGAUGAAUGCACUGGAAUUGCUUAUUGAAAGUUUUUGUGUGUGUGUUUGUUUGUUUUUGUGGGGUUUGUUUGUUUGUUCAUUUGUUUUUUGAGGUGUUUUUUUUUCAUGAGGAGGAAAGUUCCAUAGCUGGAAGGGCAGUUGGCCAAAAUGAAGUGGUAUAAUGCUGGUGACUUUAGGCUUUGUGUAGAGUGAGUCUUUUUUAAAAGGGGCUACCUGAUGAUCUACACAGAUUGAGAAGCAGUUCCUGCUAUGUAUAAAGACAGGCUCCAGAAGGCAGGAUGGUCAGCUGGACCAUAUAAUAGAUGCCUAAGGAACGUUUGUCUCUGUUAUACCAUGAUGGUAAACCAUGCAAUGGGUUCUGGUCCUAGCACGAAGGAACAGGCAAUCAGUGAAGUAAUCCAAAAUGAUUGUAUUUUCUGUGUUUUGGUGCUCCUGAUGGUAACACAAGCAACAUUUUAAACAGGAGUGUCAUAAUGCUCCAUUUUUCUCUUUCCAACUGGAAAUUUCUAAGUUGAAAAUGUGUAAAAUGGUUACGUUUUUAGUGCCAGAACACAUUACAGGAAGAAACAUAGCAAAUGAGGCCUGAGUUUAAAGUAUGGUAUAAGAGCUUAUUAAUUUUUAAUUAAUAUUAGCUUCUAGUUUCAACAAGUUGAUUGUAGAUGUUGGUUUAAUCUAGGUAAUUAACAGUGAGAGAUGCUAACCUGUGGUAAAAAUAUUCUGGUUUAGCCUGUAAUGUAAGGUUCCAGUAUUCCCUCUCUGCAUUAACGUGCAAAUAUAUUUAAGAGAUUUCCCAUUUAGCAUGCUUUAUCUAAGACACAUAUAUUAAAUUGCAUUAAUCUUUCUUCAGAGAGAAUACAAUCUAUUGUUUUUGUCAUUUAUAUGUUCUUUGUAAUUUGUCAAUAUUGCUGUUUCUUUUAUAGUCAAAUGAAAGAAAACUCUACACGCUCCCAAGUGUGAAAUUAGCAAAACCGGUAUAAAGAGGAAUUAUUACCCGUCUGGCUUUAAAAAUCAAACCCAUGUCAUGUAUCCAUGACUUGUAUAUACAACAUUUGCUUCUCUUGAAGCAGUACAAACUCUUGUCUAACACAUGUAUUGCGAGGGAUGGCUCAGAGAUGAAAUUUGCUAUCUUUCAUUUAUUUUCUGUGUCUAAUUACUCGUUACUUGUUUUUACACCCAUCCUUCACUUUGCAGCUCCUCCAAGCCCCCAGUAUUUUUCUGCAUAUUUCUCACCCUUCCUCAGCAUUCUGGUUGGUGAAUAACUAUGUACGUAUGUCCUGUGUCUGCAUUCAUGGGACAAAAUUGUGAAUACAGGGGAGCUGAAUUUUCAAAAAAAACCCAAAACAAAUAAGUACAAUAGUGAUUAACAGGAUGUGUUGCUUGGAAGCUGGAAAAUAAAUUUGUGUACAUAAACUCCCUGUAAAAAGAGGCAAAACAGACCAAAGACAUCUAGUGCUUUUGAAUCUGCUCAGUUGAUUAGUGCCUGUUCCUAUGAAAUCUGUAGAGAAGCCAUAAGUCAUUUUCCUUUAUGAAGGUUUGUCAUGCUUGAAAGAAGGGAAUAGUGAAUUACAGUCUUAGGAGGCUUUCUGUAUGAAGGGAAGAAGGGUUAAUCAUAUAGGAAAAGGGAAUUUGCCCAUAUAAUUUGAAGUAGUUGUCAAUUAAAUAGUGGUGUGAAUAGGAUACCUUGUAAAUAAUCUGAGGUACUGUAAUGUAUUUUGAAAGAAAGUAGCGUCUGUCUCUCUUUUAGGAAAGUUAUAUUGCAAGUCUGGUCCAGUUUGGCUCUCUGGAGUCCUGUCUUAUUUUGUAAAGCUGGAGGUAACGUUUCCAUGACACAUGGAGCUGGUCUAGCUUGGGGCUCUUGCAGUCUGUUUGAACCAGCUGUGACUUCAUGUUAAGUGGCAGUGAGUUGGUUCAAGGAGCUAAACAGGCUGAACGCUACAGUUGCUUGCAAGAGUGGUUGGUGUCGCGCAGGACAAGCCCCAGGGCUCAUCUGACUGGAGAGGGGGCUGCCUGGAGCAUGGGACAGGAAGGCAGAGCUCAGGCAUCCCUAGAGAGUCUGGCAAUGGGAUCCUGUCUGGAAGCGGGAAAUGGGCAUGUAGGUGUAGGACAGCACCUCACAACGUCACUGUACGUUCAUAGCAUCUUGCUUUCUGUUUCGAAUCAAACCAUCACACCCUCUGUGCUGGUCUGUGGUAGCUGCUGAAGGUCUUGAUAUUCAGUAGUGCCAUUUCAGUCCAUUUAAUGAUAUCUCGACAGAAAAAAUAUGUAGAAACCAAAUAGAAUAAAUAGAAGGCUACUGCUUUGGAGGAGGAUAAUAAGAUAUGCUUAAAAGAAACCUUUAUUAAGCUUCAGUUUGGCAUAAUUAUGCCUGUACAAAAGAAAAUGGAUAAUAUGCAAGAGGAUAAAGGUGCUUUCAGAGAUUGGAAGGUAUAGUUACAUAAGCUCAAAUGAAUCUCUUAAAAAUAAUCAGGCAGUCUGGGCAGAGGGCAGUUUGCAUGCACAUGAGCUGUUCCAUUCCAUGGCUCUUUAUCUUGAUGCUUUUUAUAGGCCUGAGUCUGCAUUUUUUUUCUUUUUUUGGAAAGUUAGAUCCCUUUAAUUGAAAAUCAGCUUGACCUGUGGUAGUUCCUGAAAAAUAUCUCUACAUAUAAUCUGGCUCUACUGAUCUGUAUUUAAUGUAAUACUUUCGAUAGCUUGUUAUCCUUCAACCUCCCAAGCAGUUUUUCAAUUGUCUUUUAACUACACGCAAUUCUUAAUGCUUCUUUUAAAGUGUCAAAAGAAGAGUUUCUAUUUCUAUUGUAGUUCUAAUGCUUAUUUAUUCUUCUUUUAUAAUACUUCCUCUUACUUGUUAUAAACUACUGAGUCCUAUAUUGCUUUUAACUCUUUACAAGUAAUUUUCCUCCACUUGUAUUGUUUUUAGACUAAAACAUUUUUCUGAAAGCUGUAUGCUGUGCCUUGUUCCUUCCUAUGUAAUUUUUGAGCUUGUUGACUGAUGUCAGCCAAAAUUGACAAAGCAGCAUCAGUUGCGAGGGUAUCUAGUAUCUACAGGUUUUAUGAAAAUAAUCAGGUUGAUAAAGGAGGAAUGACCCAAUUCAAUGUUUCUGCUGAUUGAAAAUAUGCAGCAUGACUGCAAGUUGUCUGCUGUGUUAGGCCUGACUUAAUCUGGCCGGCUAGUUGAUGUCCAGCUCUGCACCAGCUGGUGGUUCUGCUACACUUUGACAAGCUGGCUGGCAGCAGACCCAGAUUUUACAGCAGCGUGGUAUGAGCUCUGGGCUGUGGCCAGAGGAAGCCUGGAGUUUGCAGGGCAGACAUCAAGGUGUGUCAGAUCAGUGAUUUGCACCUGGUCUUGAAGCACUCCAGCUGAAUGACUCUUUAAAUUGACCUCUGUAAAGCCAUCAUUUCCACAGAACAGCCUUUAAACCAUGUUAAUCAGUAAAAUUUUGAGUAAGAAGCUGGUGUAUAUGCUGGUCUACACGUGAAUCCAGGACUUGACAGCCGUAAGUUUGUUGAAGUUUAGUGUCUGUUAGCAUAUUCUGCAAAUAGAUUUUUUUAUUUUUAAGAGGGUAAAAUCCAGAAGGAGGAUGUGUUUGUAAUCUUCACUUACAUCUUACAGCAGCUCCACACUGAAAAAGUAAAAUAACAAUUUACAGUUUGGAGUUGAUCUUUUGGGGUGUUAUUUUAAGGAGAGAUUGGGGAUUGUGCUUCUUUUCUUCCCAGUGCCUUUUCAAAAAGGUGGUUCAACAGGAUGUUUGGGGGAAAUGUGACGUUAUUGGGUUUUGGCAUUCCAGGAGAGCUUGAAGUGGAUCCAGCACAUCAUCUUUCGCAUUCCCUUCUGCACUGAAUGUCAGGAGUAAUUAAUGUUGUUGACAGCUAUGUAAACAUGUGAAGCUGAAUAAAGGACAGGAACUAAACAAAAAGCUAAUAAUAGGAGGCAAGAAAGUCAGAAGUGAACACUUUGUUAGUAAUCUGUCCCAAGUAAGAGGGUCAAAUAAUGCAGUCUGUCCUUAUCUGCUUCCACAAGCACCUUCUUGUUGGCAAUGUUCAGGUGAAAGAGAGCUGUUUGUACAUCUGUGUGCAUUUCAUAAGUAUAGGAAACAGGCAAUUUACCCAAGAAACAUGCACAGUGGAUUUAUAUAGAGGCUUACAAAAGUCACUUUGAUUCAUUUCCAUUUGUUUAAUUAUUUACCCUUCCCUAAGCUUGUACUUCCAAAAACCACUAUAAAGUGUGGUCUCACUUGUACCCAUCACAAACUUUAAAUAUGUGAUUUGUCUCCCAGGCAAUGUGAGACAUCGUGUUAAUUGUUGUUUGUUCCGUCUCCUGCAAUAGAAGAGUCACCUCUGUUGGUUCAGUGAUUACCACAGUAUGUAUCCUGUGAUAAUCUCACUGGCAACUCUACUACAAGCUGUUGAAGAAACAUUUAUUCUAUUUUGAGACAUGCUUAGUCAUUCCUGUUUUGGCCUCUGACAGAUUACAGGCAUCGCUCCUAACUCUUUCUUAGUAAAUCCUAUGAACAAGCUAAUCUGAAGGUCAGUUUGUGAGAAAGUCUGUGGUACUGGGGAAUGUGAAUUCUGGAGUACUAUUGCCCAAGUGUGUUGUGUAGCAGAAAUCAGAGAGUAUGUUCCACGUUUCGUUGUGUGUUGGUAUAUCUAACAGUUUACAUUGUGCAAAUAUGGAGUGGCUGCUAAAUAUGGAACAAGCAUAUGUAAGGGGAUCUUUGUCAGCAGGGAAUAAGAUACAGCACUUCUGUGUCCUGAAGACAACAUACAGCUAUAAAUAUCCCUUCGCCGUUGUAAACAGAAAACUUUGGUGACCUUUUGUGCAGAUCUAGUACGUUUUGCCACUCAAUUGUUACAUAAAUGAAAAUAUCUUUUAAUAUCAGAAGUAAAAUGCUGUCUCUGGAGACUUCUGCUUACGAUGCUGGGACUCUUUUGAAGACCUACUUUGUUGCUCAGCUUAAAGGAAGAUGAUGUUGUUAAUGAGUUCUGAGCAUCCUUCAGGAGGCUGGUGACCCUUCUAUCAUUGGUGAAUGCUGUCAUGGACAACUUCAAAGGCUCUUUUUCUGAACACCACAAGCAGCUAGUGCACUUUAUAAACGACUCCUGACCUUUUGCAUCUUCCUGAGUCAUAUCUAGAUGUCACCAGUGUUUCCCAUGUUAACAGUUCUGAGCAUGUUUUACUAUAUGUGCCUUCGGCGCCGAGCUAGGACAGCAACGAGAGGAGAGAUGAACAGCCGGAGGGCUAUUGAGUCAAACACCCGAGCCUUACCUAUCAAUGUUGAAAUAGUUCAGUAUGCCAAAGAAGUGUUGGAUUUCAGCUCUCACUAUGGUAGUGAAAACAGCAUGUCAUAUACCAUGUGGAAUUUAGCAGGUAUUCCAAACGUCUACCCCAGUUCUGGUGACUUUACUCAGACUGCCGUCUUUCGAACUUACGGGACCUGGUGGGAUCAUUGUCCCAGUGCUCGGCUGCCGUUCCAGAGGACACCACCCACCUUCUGUAGCCAGGACUACGUGGAACUCGCUUUUGAGGAACCAGUUUAUCCCACGGCAGUGCAGAUUUUGGAAACAUAUCAUCCUGGAGCUGUAGUCAGGAUUUUGGCAUGCUCGGCAAAUCCUUACUCACAGAAUCCACCAGCUGAAGUAAGAUGGGAAAUCCUUUGGUCUGAGGCACCUACAAAGGUGAAUGGUCCCCAGGCUCGUCAGUUCACACCUUGUAUCAAACAGAUAAACUUUCCCACAAACUUAAUUCGAUUGGAAGUGAACAGCUCUCUUCUAGACUAUUACACUGAAUUGGAUGCAGUAGUACUACACGGUGUGAAAGAGAGACCUGUGCUUUCGCUUAAGACUGCGAUGAUUGAUAUGAACGAUAUUGAUGAAGAUGAGGAUGAAGAGAAGUAUGGCUGUGGAAUGGACACGCUUAAUAAACAGUUCAGCAUUGUUACCCUCAGGGAAUGGCCAACUAAUGGGUAUUUUGAUAAACUGCCUUAUGAGCUUAUCCAGUUGAUUUUGAGUCACCUUACAGUACCAGACCUCUGCAGACUAGCACAAACUUGUAAGCUACUCUAUCAACAUUGCUGUGACCCUCUGCAGUACAUUCAUCUCAGUUUACAACCUUACUGGGCAAGGAUUAAUGACACAUCUCUGGAAUACCUACAGUCUCGCUGCACUCUCAUCCAGUGGCUGAAUUUAUCUUGGACUGGAAACAGGGGAGCCAUCUCUGUUUCUGGAUUUAGCAGGUUCUUGAAAGUUUGUGGCUCUGAACUAGUACGUCUUGAGUUGUCUUGUGGCCAUUUCCUCAAUGAAACAUGUUUGGAGGUCAUCACUGAAAUGUGUCCAAAUCUUCAGGAGUUAAAUCUCUCAUCAUGUGAUAAAAUACCACCUCAGGCUUUCAACCACAUAGCCAAAUUGGGCAACCUAAAGCGUCUCAUUCUCUACCGAACAAAAGUGGAGCAAACAGCCCUGCUCAGUAUUCUGAACUUCUGCUCGGAGCUGCAGCACCUCAGCCUGGGCAGCUGCGUCAUGAUUGAAGACUAUGAUCUUAUAGCAAGCAUGAUGGGAGCAAAAUGCAAAAAGCUUCGCAGCCUGGAUUUGUGGAGAUGUAAAAACAUAACCGAAAGUGGAAUAGCAGAAUUGGCUUCAGGCUGCCAGCUUUUGGAAGAACUCGAUCUUGGCUGGUGCCCUACACUACAGAGCAGUACAGGCUGCUUCACUAACCUUGCACGUAAACUCCCCAACUUGCAGAAGCUCUUUCUUACAGCCAACAGGUCUGUGUGUGACACAGACAUCGAGGAGCUGGCGGCUAACUGCACGCAUUUACGGCAGCUGGAUAUAUUGGGGACGAGGAUGGUAAGCCCUGCAUCUUUAAGGAAAUUGCUGGAGUCUUGUAAAGAUCUGUCUUUACUCGAUGUGUCCUUCUGUUCACAGAUUGAUAAUAGAGUUGUCUUAGAACUGAAUGCCAACUUUCCUAAUGUGUUCAUAAAAAAGAGUUUCACCCAGUGACUUACUACAUAUGCUGCUGUGGGAUUCAUUUGACAGAGUUGUUUCCUGUCAAUUCGUGCUGACUUUUUUUAAGAAGGGUAUAGAUGCCCUAUGAAAUAGUGGAAAUUAUUAAUUAUCUACACAAAUGGGUAAAAUACAUUUAAAUAUGUAUUUCUUAAAGUGUUGACAUUAUACCUAAGAAUUGUUUUACUCUCUGCUGACUGGUGGCACUGCAUGUUUUUAAAUACCAGCCAUAUGUGUGGCUUUAAUGAGAAGAAAAUGAAUAACAUAUUCUUAAAUGUCCCUUUUUAGAGUAUUACACACAACAAACUAUAUUAUUAUCCAUGUGAAAGCAGAAGUUCAAUAUUUAGCAGUAAGAAAAAGAUGGGUGCUUCCUUUUUUAUUUGUAUGUGUUUGUGUGUGUAUAUAUAAAUCUAUACAGAUGUAUAUACAUACGCAGAUACCAUAGCACUGUAGUUUGGCCUGCAGCAUAUGAUGAUGUGAUCUGGCCUAUAAUUAGUUGUUUGAAAAGCUAUUUAAGCUUGUAGAAGAAUGGAUUGAAAAGACACUAUGUCUUCUUCAUUUUUUUUUGGCAGUGAAUUGUAUCUGAUGCAUUUUUCUCCCUUCUUCCACCUAAAAUAUAUGUAGUCACGUUUUACAGUCCAGCCUAAGCGACACAACAGAUAAAUGCAAGAACCUUCCACCUGAACGUAGAGCAGAAACAAAAAGAGAAAAUUGCCAGAUGCUUCUUGUUAUUGGAUAUAAAGUUUGAGCCCAGGUACUUAGUGUCCUAACUGGUGAUAUGUAGAAAACUCAACAGCAAUUUUAUUUUAAAAUUUCUGUCAUGAUCUAGACUUCAUUUGUGAGACAUCUGGUUAUCAUGCAAAGUGCCAUAAAGAAUAGGCCUUAGGGUAAUGCAUUAGUGACUGUCCCUUACACUGGUGUCAAAUCUAUUAUCAAGUGUAAAAACAAAGAUAUUGUUCAGUAAGACGGCAAUCAAAAUAUAGUGAGUUUGAAACAAGGGCAAUAUAUUUUGGUGAUUUAAUAAUCACCAAACCUAAGCAUUGGAUUUGUUUUGGUUUUGUGGGGGUUUUUUUGUUUGUUUUUCCAAGAGGUGAUGGCUCAAACUACUAUUGCAUUCUCUCUUUUUAACACUGUUUAUCCUCUGUAGAAGGAAAACUGUCAGUAGACAAAUUGUAGAGGUUUCUUCUUUUCGUGCUUCCUUGUAUUAAGUUUUCAUCUCCUUUUUUUUUUUUUUUUUGAAUACCACUGCUACAGUAUGUUGCUAUGUACAGCUUGACUUUAGAAUUUUACCUUUUUAGCCAUUGUCAAUGAAUAUGGACCAUGAAAUAUAGUCUGUCAUUUGCUGUUGGCUCCAUUAUUCUUGUAUUGAUGGCACUUCCUACUUACUGGAAUAAGAAGGAAGAUGUUUUGUCUGGCAGAAGUGCAUUAUCACACCGAAGAUCAACUGGCAAAGAAUACUUCGGUUUAUGCAGUAAAUAACCAACCGCUACUAGAGGACAGCUACGAAUCAUUAAAGAUUUGACAAUCUCUGUGACUCCUGAAUGAACACUUUGAACUCUUUGUGCUGGUGCCAAUACUUUGUAAACCAUGUCAUGAAACAGCUACAGAACAUUUAUCUGAUUUUAUAGAAAGACCUUUUUCUUCAGUUUUUUACAUUUUACAGAAUCUUUUGGGAAUUCCGGAUCCAAAGAAGAGCAUGCACAGUUGGCUUUUUGAUUUUUUUCCUCCACACAGAAGGCACUAUGGGAUUUCCAACUCGAUUAUGCCAUUCCAUUUUUUUUUCCAGAAAACUGGACAUUGUCAAAGAUCUUAAGAUUGAUUUUUCUUUCUUUUUUUUUUUUUUUCCACGCUGAUGGUGUGAUUCUUUGUGAGACCUCAUUUCUUUCAAUCAGGUUUGGGUUGAUUUCUUUUUCUGGGAACUUAAUUUCUAACUUUUUUUGUCUAUAAGUAAUAUUUUCAUUGUAAUUGAGUAUCAAACAGUAUUCUAGUUAUAGGAGAACACAGGUUUAGAUAAUGGGAGUUUACAAAGAACAGUAUUUCAAAACAAAUGUUUUUGUUGUAAAUUUUUUCUUCUCAGGGUGCAUCUGUGUUUAUCUCCUUUUUUUCUUAGAGAUCCUUCUUGUUUGUUUUUCACUGUAAAUAGAAUGGGAUGUGGAUGAAGUGUUAGCCAUUGUGCCUUCAAACUGGUAAACCUGGUAAAUAAUACAGUUUCACUUCUACAGCAUCCGUGAAUCAAACAAGUGUUUCAUGUAUAUGUAAAGGAUUUCAUUCUCUAUUGCUUUUUAGCUGUUAUAAAGGAGGUUUAAAUUGAUGUUUUGUUCAUACUAAAGGGUUUUUUUUCUUAUGUUGUGCCUUCUGUUUGAAAUGGGUUUUGUCAGGAAUUCUCUAUUGUCACUUGAGGGAUAAAUUUAAGUCUACCUUUAAUUUGGACUGUUUAAAACUUAGUUAUUGUUAACAUAAAAUUAAUUCAAAUAGCUGAGAAAUAAUUUGGAAAGACUUCCAUCUCUAGUUGUAGACUUUAAUCUUCUAUCAGUGGGUAAGAAGCAAUUUUCGCUAUGGUUUUGUAUGUCCAAGAAGUCUUCCAGAAAAGAGAGGAUAGACGAGACUUGACAUUUUUAAUAUUUCCAGGAUAAAUAAAACAACAUGCUUCCUUAUAUGUCACAAAGAAGCAAGAAUAGAUCAUUGUCUUUUUAGUUCUGCUAUUUUAUACUUGUGUGUGUCUCUAUUUAUACAUAUCUGUGUAUAAAUUAUAUAUAUACACACAUAUGUUUCUGUAUAUAUAUAUAUGAACAUUUUUUGAAUGUGUGUACAUACUUACACAUAUGAAUCUCAAAGUUUUUUCAUGUAGAAAUUACUUUUGUAAAGUGAAUGUAAUAGCAGAAGAUGUUUCAUAGGAGUUCUGGUUUAAACUGUUGUGUUACUGUACCUGGAGAGUGAGAUUCUCUCCACCCGUGCGGCAGGAAAAGCUGAGGCAGGAGCUGAGCGGGGUUUCCUCUGUUGCUUUGCCAAAGUGCCUUUUGGUUUGUCUACAUGUGAAAGGUGAUACAGGGUAUGGUUGAGUGUGGGUGCAAAGUCCAAUAACUACUGUGGACUGUCUCCUUGUGAGGCAGUCGUAGAGCGGGAAGUUUAUUCUACUUUCAUUUAAUCCAGAAUGAAUGAUACCAAUUCCUCAUUAUUCUGGAAGUGGGUCAUCAUGUCCAACACUCAUCCCUCAGCCACGUUAUCUAAAUUCUGCUUUUAAGCAUGUUCAGUUUUUUUAUCUUGUUCUUUGAUCUUGUCUGUCUUUCUGAAGCAUUGUAAAAGAUGUACUUUGGCGACAGAUGUUAAAAAACCAUCACUAACAUGUCCAAAAAAAAGAGCUUUGCUCUGAAGUCCUCCUGUUCUUAAACUGAAGAGGGGCUUCUGUACUAUCUGUAUGAAGUUGGUGUGGGAUGGCAUGUCAGCAGAUAUGUCAUUCUUUUGGUCAUUUUAAAAAUUAGUAUGAUAAUUUUACUAUUUAAAGCUUCUUCCUGACUCUUGAAGACUUCAGUUCAAUAGUGUACUUACAUGUAUUCAUAAUCCUGAGCUGUCUGACUAGAUAGCUCUAUGAAAAUAGAUGAGGUUUCUGAUGUUUAAAUUAUGCACAUGAUUAAGUACCUUAGAGAGCAGGACUUACAUGGAAGAACAUUUCGGGAUAGGAGGUUGGACCUUAUAAUCCUUAUGUACUUGGACGUCCAAAUUUCAGUCUGAAGGAAAAAAAAAAAAAAAAAAAAGAAGAAAACCCUUCUAUUUCCUGCCUGAUCCUUUCCUUGUGGCUUUCCUGCCAACUUUUCCAGAUACAAGAUGUCCAGUAAUCACGGAGCACAGUGAGUAGAAUUCAUCUCUCUGAUAGCUCUGUGAAAGUUAGACAUCUAGUUACAAGAGAGGAAUCUGGGCACCUCUAGAGAGCUAUCGAUCUCCUCUUAAGAUACAUAUUUAAGGAGAGUAGAAUGAAUAAUUUUCUGGAGAGCUUCUCUGGAGGCUGUGGAAGCUGUGAUUUAGCUCAAGUUAGAUACUUGUCUUCAGAAUACUAAAAUGAGAUUCAUUCCAUCCAGCAUUGCACUACCUGUUUUGGAAUACCAAAAAGCAAGACUGGAACAACAUCCAUCCCCAAACUUCAAAGCUCUCCAAAAUCUAUCCAGAAAAAAAAAUCAAAUUAUAGAGAUGUUGACAACUUGGAAAGUCAGUGUUUUAAAUGCCAAGAUCUACUUCUGCCCCUGAGUCACUUGCCAAUGCCUGUGGUGGUUUUGGUUGGGUUUUUUUUUGUUUGUUUGUUUGUUUUCGUUUUGGGGUUUUUUUGUGGAAACGCUUCCCCUUUCCCUGUUCUGAAAUCUUAUGUACCUGACUGGCUAUAUGUAUAGUUCUGUAAAUGCAUGAAAUUAAUGGGAAAAUGUAAUUAAUGUAUUGCAGCUGUUUUGAUAAUCUUUCAUAUUGCUAUAAUUAAGACUAUGACUAGUUUAACUGCUCUCCUGUCAUCAGAAAUGUUACCUACUGUGCAUCUGCAAAAAAUGUGUGUUUAGUCCUGGUUCUUAAUGUGUGUAAUUAUUGCAUCUUAUGGGAUAUGUUUCCCACAUCAAAUCUGCAGGAGUACUAAAUUUACAAAAACUAGAUAAAAUGUAGCAUUUUAUUAUGUGGACUAUGGGGGUGACUUUGUAUAUAGAUUUACAUGUUCAUUAUUACUUUUUUGCAAUGAUUCUGUAAGUUAUAGCUUUUGAAAUUACUAGGCUAGAAAUUCCUAGUUUAAUGCAUCUGUACAUGCUGUGCUAGACACAGUCAACAUUUUUCCCUAAUUAAGGCAUUUUUCCUUCACUGAGAUGAUGAUUUCUGUGAUUUUAGAUUUCUGACUUGAAAUCCAAGAAGGGCUCUUAAUUAAAUUUACCAGGCAUGGAACAAGUUGUGACAGUUGACAUUAGGAAGGACUGAGGCACAGGUCUUGUGUGUUACAGACCUUCAUGAUCUUCAAAGAAGGGCCUCAGCGAGAGUUGUCUCUUUUUAAGAAGAUUCAGCCUCAGUAAUAGCAAACGAUGGUGAGAUUUUUCUUUUUAGCUAAUGGACUAAGUACUGUUAUUUUAGAUUUAGCAGCUCUGGUUUCUCCCUGUCUUGUUUUCAUUUAAUAAUGAUAAAUGAUGGCACAGUUAGGACAGACAUCAUGAAUUGGAGAGGAUCCUUUGUGAGGAAUGAAGUUUUUCUCUUGCAUCUUUUGUUCCCCUUUUCUAAAAAUAAAUAAAUAAAUAAAAAAAUCCUCACGUAUUUGAAAGCGCUCUCUUUUUCCUUGGGUACUAAAAAAAUGCAAAUGUCAAAAAAGUUGAGAAAAGAAACAAAGAGGACUUAACCAAAUUUAUCUGGAAAUUCAUGGAAGGGUGGCCAGAGCUUUUUACAGGCACGAGGAAAGUGAGUCCAUUGUUCUAGGUCAGCUGUUAUCUUUCCCAGAAAUUAGUUUCCCAUCUAAUUUCACAUGCUAGUAGUUCUAAGUCAAGAUUUAGCAUUUAGAUGCUCUUAAUAUUGACCUUUCAUAUACAUGCCUGUGUGGUAAUUCCUGAUGUCUCUUUGUUUCAUUUUCAUGAACUACAUAAAAAUAUUUUUUCUUCACCUACUGCUGCCCAUCUGCAUUUUUGCAGGUGGUUUAGUGUGUGGACACACAGAUGCGUGUAAGACUUAUUUGCUUAGGAUUUUUGUAAUUGGUCCUUUUUUGAGCACAAAUAAACUGCAGGUUUGAGGCAAGAACCUGAAACAUGGGAGACUCCAUCUGAACAUAAGAUGGCACAUUUUAUGGUGAGGGUGAUCAAGCCCUGGCACAGGUUGCCUACAGAAGCUGUGGAGUCUCCAUCCUUGGAGAUAUUGAAAAGCCGCAUGAACAUGGUCUCGGGCAACCAGCUCUAUGUGGACCUGCUUGAGCUGAGGGGGGCUGUACCAGAUGACCUCCUGUUGUGGUUUAACCUAGUAGGCAGCUAAACACCACACACAGCUAUUUGCGCAUUCUCCCCCCCAAGUUAUGUGGGAUAGAAGGUAAACCUUGUGGGUUAAGGUAAAGACAGUUUAGUAGGACAGAAGAGGAAAAUAAUAAUAGAAUAUAUAAAACAGGUGAUGCACAAUUCAAUUGCUUACCACCUGCUGACUGAUACCCAGCCAGUUCCUGAGCAGUGGCCUGAUGACUAACUUUUGCCUAGAUUAUAAUACUGAGCAUGAUGUCAUAUGGUGUGGAAUAUCCAUUCAGUUGGGGUCAGUUGUCCUUGCUGUGCCUGCUCCCAACUUCUUGUGCAUCUCCAGCCUCCACGCUGACAGGACAUGAGAAGCUGAAAAGUCCUUGACUUAGUGUGAGCACUGCUGAGCAGCAACUAAAACAUCAGUGUAUAAUCAACAUUAUUCUCAUCCUAAAUCCAACACACAGCACUAUAGCAGUUACUAGGAAUAGAAUUAACUCUGUCCCAACUGAAACCAGAUCAUCUGCAGAGGUUUCUUCCAACCUCAACCGUGCUGUGGUUCUGUGAUCCGAGACUUGCCCUUUGCUUGUUCUGUUUGUGUUCUGAUGGCUGAAGAUGACAGAGGGGAGAAAUAAUAUUAUCUUAAGAAACUUGCAGUGUCAAGAACAGUUCAUUUGUUCUUUUUUAUUGUUCUUUAUUUUCUUUUUUUUAAGGAAAGUCAUUUUUUUUCUUGGUUUAGGUUAGUAGGAAAAUCUAAAUGUAACUUACUAAAAUAAAAUUUUGGUAAUGUUUUUGACAUACAGUUCUGUAAUGUACAAAACAUACAUGAUUAGUUUACAGGACUAAUAUUGUCAGUCUGAAGUCUGCAAGUUAGACUAAGAUAAAUAUCCCUGUUCUUGGGUACUGACAACAGUUUCUGUUUAGAAAAUGAGUUGUCUGUAAUACAUUAGGAACAUCUUAGUUUGUAUAUUUUUAGUAUUUGUUUACAUAGAUCUUAUAAUAAAUUUGGAUUACCAUAGCUCAGGGGCCAAUUUUUUCUGCUUAUUCUAUUGGAAAUUGAGUAUAGUGGUUAACUGUUCAUAGUGUCAAAACAUGAAAAUUUGAAUUCAGGUGAAAAAGAGGACAAAGUUUAUGAAACACAGAAAUCUGUCUGAGCAUUUUUAGUGAGAUAUUGUGUAUAAUGGUUACAAAAUAUUAUAUUUUUUUGCAUUUAUUUACUAUUAUACCAUUGUCAAGAGCUGUUGGGUAGUGUAGUCGUCUAAUCACCAUCAGGAGAUGGGUUCUGUCUGUUGGACCUUGGUCUCCUUAGAUUUAUUUUCUUCAGGGCAGUGCCAAAGAUUUCUGCACAUAUACACUAUUUUGAAAGUAAUAGAGACAAAUUAAAACCAACUCAUUUGGUUGUGAUUUGGAAACUAAUGGUUAGUCUAUGCUUGGAGUUAUUUUGGAAGAGUUAUUGAAAGUGAAUUAAAAUAACCAGGAAUUGGUGUGUUUGCAGGGGGUCCUUGCACUUUCUGAUUUAACUUUUGCAUACAGACAAAUCCUAAUUACCAGCUGUCCUUUGAGUCAUCUUAGCAAAAUCAAUGUGAUGGUCUCAUUUCUAGUUCUUCCUAAUGAGCAUAAAGGCACUAUGGCUCUUGAGCAUCUUCUGGCAUUUUGCAUUAAUCUCCUUACCAGGGAGAUGUUGGAGUUAAGGUGUGUCCAAAUUGGCUGGAUCUCUGCAGGUGAGGUGUGGGAAUUGUCUGUGGAAAUGUCCUGCCCCCAUUUACUCCUAUGUGUGGAUGAGGCAUCUCCAGACCUUCAAAUUUAAAUCCCUGAACCCAGCACCUGGAUUCAUUUAAAAAUAAUAGCUCUUUCCCUGCCCCCAUCCCCCUCAAAUAACCAGCAGCAAAAAUCAUAGAAUCUUUUUGGUUGGAAAAGACCUUUAAGAUCAUCGAGUCCAACCAUGAACUUAGCACUGCCACAUCCGCAUCUAAACCAUGUCCCUAAGCACCACAUCUGCAUGUCUUUUAAACACCUCCAGGGAUGGUGACUCAACCACUUCCCUGGGCAGGCUGCUCCAAUGCCUGACAACCCUUUCAGUGAAGAAGUUUUACCUAAUAUCCAAUCUAAACUUCCCCUGGGGCAACUUGAGGCCAUUUCCUCUUGUCCUAUUGCUUGCUACUUGGGAGAAGAGACUGGCACCCCCCUCGCUUUAUUUUUUAUUUAAUAAUAUGCUUCAUUUUCCGCUGCAAAAACAGGAGUCUGAGCAAUAUUGCAACAAACUCCUACUGUGUUACCUUUUAAAGGGGCUGAUUUCUGUAAAAGGUGGAAGAGCAGCAAUAGAGGGAACAGUUCUGACACUAUCUGUAAAUCACUUUGCUGUGCAUGCUAAGCCAGUAAGCACGAGAAGCAAGUUAUGUGUUUUUCUAAUAACCAGUCAAGAAAGGCAGAAGGGAUAGUUGCCUCUAAGCACAUUUUCUGUAGCUAGAGAAUAUUUGUAUAAUCUGAUUCUAAGUAUCUAGGAUAGGUACUCAGAUUAGGAAACUGGUCUUCUAGGGUCCCUUCACUCUGAUAGGUUCUUCCACGGGCUAGUUCAGAUCAAGAGAUCCAUUUUUAAAUUGAAGUUUUGAACUGACCUCUGGAGAAGCUGAGGUCCAUGUAGACCACAUAAAACUUCUAGUGGAAACCAGCUUCCUGAGCUGUGUGCUAUCCUGGAUUCAGAGUACAAGGUUCCUUACCCCAUGCUGCUCCCUAUUAGCCCCCGGGCUUCUCUUGCUCUACCAAAGGCCACCACUUUCUUUGCUCUGUUGGCUGAACGGUAUCUGAUUGCUCCCUACAAAAUAUCUUGGCUAAAACUAGAAAACCUUUCUUGCUUUUGCCAAGAAACAUUGGACCAGAUGAUCCUUGAAGUCCCUGCCAACCUGGUAUUCUAUGAUUCUAUGAUUUUGUUUCCUCAUAGUUGAAUGUUUAUUUUUGUUGUUGUGUUGUUUUGUUUGGUUUAGGGUUGUUUUUUUUUUUUGGGGGGGGAGGGAGGGGUCGUUUCUAACUUUUUUUUUCUUUUUAAAUUUUUUUACUUUUCUUCCUCUCCCAAGUCAGACAUUUAAGCCAGCAGAAGGAAGAGGGCAUUUAUUUCUGUCAGCCUCCUAGUGUUUGGACAAAAUGUCCUGAGAAGCUGAUGUAGUAGACACAUUCGAGACAUGCAGGAAUCAUGUCUGGAUCCCAGCCACUCAGCAACAGCAUUAGUGAUUCACGCUGUGGGCUUUAUUCUCAAACUCUGUUAAACCUUUCAUUGUAUGAGAGUCACAUACAUGGAGUCAAUAUGGCCCCUCAGGACUACUCAAAACCUUCCUCGCUUUUAAAGCUUUUCAGCACUGAAAAGAAUUUGAACUGCUAUCUCUAAACAGUAAAACUGGCAGUUUUACUAGUGCCAGCCUGAUCCACUGCCACAUGCUGACCCAGUGCACUACUCUGGAUCCACCUCCCGAGCUAUCAUUUGCACAGGAACAGGACAGGAGUCCAGACUAUAUGGAAACAACAUAAAUGCAUUUGUCAUGCAUAGGAUGUGUGGUUGAGACCUAGAAGGCCUCUUCUGUACUUCACCUCCUCAGCAUCUUAAAAGAAGGAAAGAUAAAAUUUUAUACACACCUACUGACAGGGAUUACAGAAGCUGAAUCCUGAGACCCACUAAAAUCAAUAAGGUUGAAUUUUCUCUCUUCCCGUAAUACAUCACUGAGUAAUGAGCAGCAGGUGGGAGCACAUUGGUUGUACAAAUAUUUUAAUUCCAAUUAGCAUAAAUGAGGACAGCUACACUUGAUGAUGUUGCAAGGCUCCUUAACUUUUAGAUAGUUCAUCUCAGUACUGCGUGUCACAAAGAUAUCCAAAACAAGGUUGUGUAUUUUACCUCAUAAUCGUACUUUAAGCUCUAAAGUAUAAAAUGCUACUGUGAACAUAGGAGAACAUGCAAGUCCUAACCAGCUUCAAUAAAUUUCCUAACUAAGAUUCUUUGAGAAACAGAGGUUGGAAGGUAAUAAGGGCAUAUUUAAAGCGUGAGGAAGGCAGUGGUUAGCAAAACCAAAAGUGGGAGGCAGGGGCAGCAGUUAUUGGAUGUGUUUUUCAGGGCUGUUUCCUGAUGUUAAGCUACAUGGGCCCACAAUACUGAUAUUCACUACUUUGCACCAUUGCAGUCCUAAAUAUAGUAAAUAUUCCAAGAGCUGUGUCUGUUUGUACAAUCUUAGAUCCCAAACCUGUUCUCUGUGCUGUCACUCAAUAAGUCGUACACAUUCAGCAUUAACCCCAUUUUUUGUUUUGUGCUCCUCUUGGUAUACUAAUAGUGUUUACCUUAGUAUCUUCUGCAUAUUUGUUUUUAAUAUUGUCCUCUGAGGCUUGCACAUUUUUUAUACUUAUGCAAGUACUUGAAUACAUUUCUUUUUUUUUUUCCUUAUCAAUGUUCUGCUUGACCAAUAGUAAAUGGAAAAUAUGUUAUUAGUGUAUUCUGUUCAGAUUUGACUACAGCAUCUUCUCUCUCUGUGUAAACCAAAGGUCUCUGUGCAUGUGCAGACACAGCUCAGGCACAGGUACCCGGCUCCUCCUCAUUUGAACACCUUUGACUUGUGCCACUAAAUAUGUAUUUGUAGUAUAAGGUACGGGAUUACUUGAACACGCACAAAACAGAGAUCAUAGCCCUAUAUUUAUAAAUGAUUGAAUUUAUUAUAGAGAAAUCAUCUAAUGCCUUAUAUUGCUAACUAAAAGUUUCUUUUAACCUUAAAAGUUAAUGACGUAUUUACAUACCAAUUACUUUUAUUUAGUAAAUUAAGCCUGUUUUAUUCUGACAUGUUGGAUCAUUUAAAGUGUCAUAAUACUGUGUUGUACAGUUUUAUUCUGUUACUGCCAGUAUAAAGAAGUAGAAAUUAAUGUCCUCACUGAGUUGUCAGUGUCUGCUGAUUCCAGAGAUGACAGAAAUGUGUUAAAAUAUAUUCAACCUAUAAUAUUUAUCUUGCUUUGCACUUAAUUUGUUUCCCUUUGACUGUGUUGAAAAAUACCAAGUGUACAUAAAAUAAUGAAUAAAUAAAACAAAAAUAAA